CGAGGAGAGAGCGAGGGGCAGAGGGAAGAUACCGUGGAGUGGACCCCCUUUCUCUGUUCCUUUGGUGCUUUUAAACCAGUAUCCGUGAACACACCAUCCAGCGUCUGAUAACCCCGUCAUCAGAUAGGUCCGGUAUGUUUCGGGGAUGCUCUUUCCCUCCCUGCAGAUAUGCUCUCCGUGAGAAAGAAGAAAAUCCCCACCGGGAAUCACUGCCGUUGUGUUAGCUAUUAUUACUCCGAGGAGCUGUUUGAACAGUGGGACGGAGAGGGAGCUAGAGACUCUUCUCUCCAGCUCCAGCUGCCAUCUACUCCUCCUGCUCCUCCCCUCUCCUCCUCCUCCUCCUUCACCAGAACCACUUCUCUUUCUCAUCACAUCAAGAGCAUUUCGGAGAUGUGAGGAAUAGGAAGAGAUUGGUGAUAUUGAGCAGCCUGUGCAUUGACACGACCUCUUCACCUCAUCUUCAGCAUGAAUGGUGAUAUGCCUCAUGUUCCCAUCACUACUCUUGCUGGAAUUGCUAGCCUGACAGAUUUGUUGAACCAGCUGCCUUUGCCCUCUCCUCUCCCUGCCACCACUGCUAAGAGCCUGCUCUACAAUGGAAGGAUCUCAGAUGAGGUCAGCAGCCUCCUGGUGUGUCGGGACGAGAAUUUGGUGACUCAGCUGGCGCAAAGCCUCAACCAGGUCUCCACAGAACACAUAGAGUUAAAGGACAACUUGGGGAAUGAUGAACCCGAGGGUGAAAUGCCAAUGCUUCUUCAAACUCUACUGUCCAGGGACCCCAAAAUCUUCAGGGACAAAAGUGUACUGCAGCAGCCGUUGAUACAACAGUAUAAGGUGCCUCAGAAUCAGGUGCAUGGGAGUCCAGGAUCCAACUAUCAGCAAACCACUGUCGCUCAAAGUCCCUCUGGAUGCUUUACAUCCCAGCAGUCUGGAUCAGGUCCUAGGUUCAUACCCCAGCAGAACAGCCCUAUACCCAGUCCUUACACCCCUCAGAGUCCUGCAGACUUUAUGCAGUACAACCCACAGUAUUCUCAACACCAACAGACUCAGCAAGUUGCCAGUGUUGUGAGGAAUUCCCAUGACAACAAGGUCUCUGGACAGCUGUCAAGUAAUUCAUCUCAUCAUAAUGCGAGGCUAGGCUCAGAUGAAGACUACAUGAACAUGGCUCACAGACUGGGACAUGAGGAGAAUGACCCCUCCAUGAGGGCCUCCAAGUUUCCGGUUAAAUCACCACAGCCUGUGUUCCCUGCUGGGAGUGAGGAGGCCGUGAAAAAGUCCCGGCGUUCUCUCAUCAUGCAGUCACCUCCACCUGAUAUGCCACCAGAUGCAGCUCCUGACCUGCUCCUCACCUCCCCUGACCGCAAGAGGAAGCAGAAAGAAAGGAGGUAAGAAGAAAACAAGCAGAUGGAUAACAGUGCUUUUUAUGGCAUUGUUAGUUCUCCGAUAAAAGACUCACCCCGGCUGACUCUGAAACUGACAAGAGUGAAGAGUCCGGACGUGGAUCCGUCAAUAUCAGCUCAUGAAACCGAUUUGGUGAACAACACUGAUCAGUUAUCUAGAACUGCCCAGGAUUUGUCACACAAGUUCGGUGCUGAGAGCAGGCAGAAUCUCAGCAUGCUCCAGGGGGCAAAUACCAAGGAAGCCGGAGUCAUUGCCGUGUUUGAUGAUGCUGAGAUCGACACACUCGUGGAGAUUAGGAGAAUAGAGCGCGAGUCAGCAAAUGAGAGGGAACGGUGUUCUAAAGAAGUCCAGGAUAAGCUAAGCUACAUUCUUUUUUAUGCAGAUAAACCACUUAAAAAACGAAAGCAAGACUCAUAUCCUCAGGAAUCUGGAGCUGCAAGUGACGGGCCUACUGCACAUGGGGGCAACACGGACAGCAAGCUGACACCCAAGAAGACGAAUGCCGCAAGUAAUGGUUCCAGUCGGCCAGCUUUGAUGGUCAGUAUUGAUCUGCAACAAGCUGGCAGACUGAUAAGACAGCCUGUAGUGGUCCUGGAGCCCCAGCAGUUGUGUGAGGACCACCUAAGGCGGAUAAAGUCAAAGGGUGAUGGAAAGGUGGAUAAAGUUGUUGAAAGCAGACCUGAGAUCAUCAAACAGCAUUCAGACAAGCGGAAGUCGGGCUCAGACGGGCAACUGGAAAACCCCAAACAGAAGCAGGACAGUCGACGCGAAUCCAAACACAGGCAUGACGGUAGAACUGACAGCAGUAAGGGACACUUGGAGGAUGGACGGCCAGACACACCUCGGCAGAGACACGAGAAGCAUUCAGACUCAGGCCACAAAGAAGAAAAGAACCAUGACGGACACAGAGCCAAUGUUGGACAACACAAGACUCCAAAAAGCACGAGAGAGGCGGAGUGUAACUCUAGAAAUGGAGAAGAGAGAGCACGUGAUAAAGAUAAAGAUAGAGAGAGGGACAAAGAUAAAGAAAGGGAUAAGGAUAGGGAAAGAGAUAAGGACAAAGAAAGAGAUAAGGAUAAAGAAAAAGAUAAGGAGAGAAAAGAUAAGGAGAGAGAAAAAGAUAAGGAGAGAGAAAAAGAUAAGGAGAGAGAAAAGGAUAAGGAGAGAGAAAAGGAUAAAGACAGAGAAAAGGAUAAAGAGAGAGACAAAGAUAAGGAGAGAGAAAAGGAUAAGGAGAAAGAAAAAGAUAAGGACAGAGACAGAGAUAAAGACAGAGAUAGAGACAGGGAAAGAAAAAACAAAACAUUAUCCAGUGAAAACUCCAACAGACACCUCCCUGACCAGAAUAAUAAACCUGAAAGCGCUAGAAUUAAGCAAGAUGGAAGCAGAAAAUCCAGUGACCUCAAUGGCCGACAGAGGACAGACAGUUCCAGCCAUCAAAAUGCUCAACAUAGAGACGAGACAAAAAGUGGGGACCGUGAAGCGAGCGUCCAAGCGUCAAAAAAGCAGGAGACAAAAUCCAGCGAGUUUCCCUCAUACCUGCUGGGUGAAAAGAAAGGAAGUCUGAAGAACUUUGUGAUUCCUAAAUAGCGGGAUGGGAAAGACAAAGAUCCUCCGCUUCCAAGCCAGCUGAAAGAUGUCUGGGCAGAACCCAGAGUCAGGCUGGAGAGGGUGUCACUGAUAGAGAAUCUAAACAAAGGAGCUAAGCCUGUGGUGGUGGUUCAGAAACUCAGCCUCGAUGAGGUAAAGAGCAUCAUUAAGGAAAGCAGGAAUCCACACAAACCCCACUUUGACAAAUCAGGGAGAGAAAUGCCCUUUAAUGAGAAGUCAAACAAGCGAAGGCACAGCAUGAUCAGUAAGAAAUCUAAGUAUGCUGAAGUGGACACAGAUGAAGAGGAAGAGGAAGGCUCUGGCAAUGAGUCUGCAAAAAAAAAGCACAAGAGAGACCAUGACAAGACUUGGAAACACGAAGAGAAGAGAGGUUCAGGAGAGCACCGUCGAAGUGGUGUUCAUAACUCUCGCAAGGGGGGGAGCAGCCGUCACCGUGAAUGGAACUCAGAUAAUUCAGAUGACGAAUGUCCUACACCAAGCCUUGGUGAUGUUGCCAAAAAACUGAAGAACAGAAGCAGAAAACAGGAAAGCUACAACUCUAAGCUGACACACGAAGAAAUAAUGGAUUCCUCCACGUACAAGAGAUUCAUAGCCAGUGUUGACAACAUCCUUGAGAGCCUUGAGGACGUGGACCUCACUGCUGAAGAUGACGAUGAUGAGAUACCCGAAGAGCUUCUGCUUGGAAAGCACCAGUUGGGCGAGCUAGGCAGUGAUUCUGAGAAACUCAAAGCCAUGGGUGCCUUUCCACAGUUUCCCUCUGGAAAACUGGUGAAAAUCAUGAAUAUCCUGGAGAAGAACAUUCAGGACAGCGUCAAACUUUCCACCUUAAUGAAUCAUGGUAACGAUUCAAUGGAUGAGGAGCGUCUGUGGCGUGACCUUAUCAUGGAGCGGGUGUCCAAGUCUGCUGAUGCCUGUCUGACUGCACUUAACAUUAUGACAUCUCCACACAUGCCCAAGGCUGUUUACAUAGAGGACGUGAUCGAGCGGGUGCUGCAGUUCACAAAGUUCCACCUGCAGAACUCUUUGUACCCUCAGUAUGACCCGCUCUACAGGCUGGACCCACAUGGAGGUGGCUCGCACGGUUCAAAGUCCAGGAGAGCAAAAUCGUCCUCCACAAAACAGAAGGUGGUCGUCACACUUACACAAAGUGUGUGAUAUGUCAGCAACAUUGCCGAGCUCCUGGAGAUCCAGCUGCUAACAGACACAACCAUCCUCCAGGUGUCCACUCUGGGUAUCACUCCAUUUUUCGUGGAGAAUGUCAAUGAGCUGCAGCUCUGUGCCAUCACACUUGUGACAGCUGUGUUCUCACGAUACGACAAACACAGGCAGCUCAUCCUUGAGGAGAUCUUCACUUCCCUGGCUAGACUGCCUACAAAUAAACGCAGCCUCAGGAACUUCAGGCUGAACAGCAGUGAUUCAGAAGGAGAUCGUUUGUACAUCCAAAUGGUGACAGCUCUGGUUUUACAGCUCAUCCAGUGUGUGGUAAACCUCCCAACAGAGGACAGAUUCAGGGAUGAACCUAAAAAGAAGGUAAGUGGAUAUAAAGACGUUUUUAUCACAAACUCUUAUGAGAUGGCCAUGAGGACAGCUCAGAACUUCCUCUCAGUGUUUCUCAAGAAGUGUGGCAGUAAGCAGGGUGAGGAGGACUACAUGCCUCUGUUUGAGAACUUUGCAGACCUGCUGUCUACCAUCAACAAGCCUGAGUGGCCUGCAGCUGAACUGCUGCUCAGUCUACUGGGCCGGCUGCUGGUGCACCAGUUCAGCAACAAGCAGACAGAGAUGGCACUCAGGGUGGCUUCACUGGACUACCUCGGCACUGUCGCGACAAGCCUGCGUAAAGAUGCUGCUAGCAAGAUGGACCAAAAGUCUAUUGACCGCAUCCUCAGAGAGACUAAGGCAACGAUGGAGACCCAACAACCAACGGCCUUGCUAGGCUACCUGGAUGAGAACAUUGAGACGGAUCCAGCCCUACUAUUUGCCAAGAAGUUUUACAUUGCCCAGUGGUACAGGGACACAACCAGUGAGGCUGAGAAGGCAAUAAAGUCUCAAAAUGACAACGAUGAGGACGGCAGAGGUCGACAUUACUCUCAAGAUGUUGACUCAACAGAGAUCAUGCAGAGGGCUGAGUCAAGAAAGAAAUUCCUCCGCAAGAUCAUCAGGAUACCACCAUCACAAUUAAGCGCUCUAAGAUUAAACUCUGACACUGUGGAUUACGAGGACUCCUGUCUGAUUGUCAGAUAUCUGGCCUCUAUGAGGCCGUUCGCACAGAGCUUUGAUAUUUAUCUAUCACAGAUUCUGAGAGUGCUGGGUGAGAGUGCCAUUGCUGUCAGAACUAAAGCCAUGAAGUGUCUGUCUGAAGUAGUCGCUGUCGAUCCAAGCAUUCUAGCACGGUUGGAUAUGCAGCGUGGCGUUCACUGUCGCCUCAUGGACAACUCCACCAGUGUGCGAGAGGCUGCCGUGGAGCUCCUCGGCCGUUUUGUGCUCAGUCGACCAGAGCUCAUUGAACAGUACUAUGACAUGCUCAUAGAAAGGAUUUUGGACACAGGCAUCAGUGUUCGAAAGAGGGUCAUUAAGAUCUUGAGGGACAUUUGCCUGGAGCAGCCAGACUUUCACAAGAUCACUGAGAUGUGCGUCAGAAUGAUCCGGAGGGUCAAUGACGAAGAGGGGAUCAAGAAACUGGUGAAUGAGACAUUCCAAAAACUGUGGUUCACCCCCACACCCAGCCAUGACCAAGAUGCCAUGACCCGGAAGAUCCUAAACAUCACAGACGUGGUGUUAGCGUGUAAAGAUUCCGGCUAUGACUGGUUUGAGCAGCUUCUCCAAAAUCUGCUGAAAUCAGAAGAGCAAGCAUCAUACAAACCUGCCAAGAAGGCCUGUAUUCAGCUGGUGGACAAUCUAGUGGAACACAUACUGAAAUACGAGGAGUCUAUUGCAGACUGUGAGGACAAAGGGGUCAACUCAGGUCGUCUGGUAGCAUGCAUCACCACUCUGUACCUGUUCAGCAAGAUCAGAGCACAGUUGAUGGUGAAGCAUGCCAUGACUAUGCAGCCCUACUUGACCACCAAGUGCAACACUCAAAACGACUUCAUGGUGAUUUGUAACGUGGCAAAGAUCCUGGAGCUGGUUGUGCCUCUGAUAGAGCAUCCGAGUGAGACUUUCCUCACUACCUUAGAGGAAGACUUGAUGAAGCUCAUCAUCAAAUACGGCAUGACGGUUGUGCAGCACUGUGUGAGCUGUCUUGGUGCUGUCGUGAACAAGGUCACACACAACUACAAGUUUGUCUGGGCUUGUUUCAAUCGGUACUACGGGGCUCUUGCAAAACUGAAGACACAGCACCAAGAAGACUCCAGCAGCGCCACUCUGGCUACUAACAAACCUACUCUCCUGCGCUCACUGUUCACCGUGGGGGCUCUCUGUCGACACUUUGAUUUUGACAUGGAGGAGUUCAAGGGGACCAGCAAGAUCGUCAUCAAGGACAAAGUGUUGGAGCUUCUCAUGUACUUUACAACUCAUGAAGAUGAGGAGGUCCAGAUUAAGGCCUUGAUAGGUCUAGGCUUCCAGUUCAUCAUGCACCCGGAGCUCAUGUUUGUGCAGGAUCUGAAGGUUCUGUAUAACAACACACUGUCAGAUGAGAGCAGUUUGGUCAAUCUGAAGAUCCAGGUGUUAAAAAACCUGCAGACUUACCUGCAAGAGGAGGACUCCCGAAUGCAGGAGGCUGAUCGCGAAUGGAAGAAUCAAUCCAAGCAGGAGGAUCUGAAAGAACUGGGAGACAUUGCAUCUGGCAUGAGCAGCUCCAUUAUGCAGAUCUACCUGAAGCAGGUGCUGGAGUCCUUCUUCCACUCACAGUCCACUGUCCGACACUUUGCCCUGAGUGUGAUCACUCUGACUCUCAGCCAGGGCCUCAUCCAUCCUGUACAGUGCGUGCCCUACUUGAUCGCCAUGGGAACAGACCCUGAGCCAACCAUGAAGAACAAGGCCGAUCAACAGCUGGUGGAGAUUGACAAGAAGUAUACAGGCUUCAUCCAUAUGAAGGCUGUAGCAGGAUUGAAGAUGUCCUUCCAGGUACAGCAGGCUAUAAAUGGAUCUAAAGUCUCAGUGGUCAGAGGUUUUCGCCACGAGGACUCAGACGCUGCACUCUGCUCUCAUCUGUAUUCAAUGGUCCGUGGGAACCGACAGCACAGACGGGCUUUCCUCAUCUCCCUGCUCAACCUGUUUGAUGACAGCUCUAAAACCGAGGUGAACAGGCUUCUGUUCAUAGCAGACAACCUGGCCUGCUUCCCCUACCAGACCCAGGAGGAGCCUCUUUUCAUAAUGCACCACGUAGAUAUAACUCUCUCCGUCUCUGGCAGCAACCUGCUCCAGUCUUUCAAAGAGUGUUUGCGGAAAGGUCCCGUGCAGCAAGUGAAGAAAACGAUGAAGGCCAAGAAGAAGAAGAAAAAGAAGAAGAAGAAGAAGAAGAAGAAGCAGUCUAGGAAGAGGAAACACAGCUCUGAUGAGGAGGAGGAGGCGAGCAGUUGCAGUUCCUCCAGCAGCAGCAGCAGCAGCAGCAGCAGCAGUAGUAGUAGUAGCAGUGAAGAGGAAGUGGAAGAAAAGAAGAAAAAACCCACGGCGUGUGAUUCAGACUCUGACUUAGAGGACGAGGAUGCAGUGAUGGCCCGUCUACCUGAGAACCCGGUCCCUCUGCUGGACUUUGCCAGUGCUUCACAGGGAAUUCUCCUGCUGCUGGUGCUCAAACAGCAUCUGAAGAACCUGUACGGCUUCUCAGACACCAAAAUCCAGAAAUACUCACCAACAGAGUCCGCCAAAGUGUACGACAAAGCAGUGAACAGGAAGUCUAAGGUGCACUUCAACCCUCGCCAGACAGUGGACUACCUGAAGAGUGAUGUGUCCAACAUGGAUCUCAGCGACGACACCAAGAGGAAUAUUGUGAAACAGUAUUUGGACUUCAAGGUUCUUAUGGAGCACUUGGAUCGUGACGAAGAAGACGAGGAGGGAGAAGCAAGUGCCAAUGCCAGAAACAAAGCCAUCACUUCGCUGCUGAAGGGCCCGAAGCCCGUAAACCACCACCACAAUAAUCACAAAGCCCCGGUGGAGUCAGACGAUGAGGACAGUGAGGAUGAAGACCCUCCUGUGCGGAAAUCAAAAAAAGGCGGGGACUCUGCAGAAGAUUCAGGUCAUAUGAACGAGAAAGUGGAGGCCAUGGACGUCAUUGCCAUCUGCCGUCCCAAAUACAAAGACAGACCACAGAUUGCCAGGGUCGUCCAGAAGACCAAGAAUGGCUACAGCAUACACUGGAUGACUGGAACGUACUCUGGGCCCUGGACCGUGGCAAAGAAACGGGAUGGUCGCAAAAAGGUGCCUUGGGUCGACACAAUCAAGGAGUCAGACAUUAUUUACAAGAAAAUCUCCUUGACCAAUGGGCAAAAGCUGUCGAACAAAGUGGCACAGACGUUACGGGCAAUAUAUGCUGCUAAGGAGGGGAGUAAGAGUUAAUCGACUGGAAUGACUCACGCAGGAACCCCUCACAGCCCCAAUCCACAUUGAUCCGAUAUGUUCCAGAGAGAAGAUGAAGCUUCUUAAGAUUUCAGGACCUGGUGGAGAAGAAGUAUUAAGAAGACCGGUCUGUUUCAAUACGGGCAUGUUUCAGUUAGACCCAAGACAAAAGAAGGAGAUGUUUGUGAAAAAACAUUGUGUGGGAGUUCCUUCGCUGUUGUGCAGCAACUUUGUUGUUUGAUUUUUACUCCCACUGUAUCAUAGUUUAACUAAACACAUGUUUAUAUCUGAACAUAAUUCUGUAAAAAUUAAACUGAAUGUUGGAAAUUAGUGUAUCGAUGAUGUUCUUAAUAAAGUGUUUUUGGAGUUUAAACUAGCAUCAGUUGGAUUUAUUCACUUGACCUGAGCUCUGACAACUUUUAAUCCUCUUUGUUUCUUGUUCGAGACACUUUAGUUGUCCACCAACACUGUGUAAUGGAGUAUCUUUGAUAUAAUUUAUUUAUGUUAAGAGCAGUGCAGUAUGUGUGCCUAUAUGAGGGGGCGAUAUGUCGUUUUUAAUAUAGGUUUUGAUGUAGUAGAACACCGAACAAGAACAAAAUUGAUCCCCACGCUCUUCUGGAUGAACAAAUACUGCAAUAAAUUUCUUAUGUCUUUGUUA